AUGUCGCUCACGCUACUGAUAACAGGGACCAUAUUCCUGCCACUCACCGUGCUGGCAAGGACCGCCACAGACGUGAAACCUCGACAGGCAGGGACCACGGUCACGGUGAACCUCGACCAACGCUACCAGACCAUCGAUGGCUUCGGCUGCUCGGAGGCCUUCCAGCGGGCGGUGCAGAUGUCCAAGGUGACGGAGGAGCAGCAGCAAUACACGCUCGACCUCCUCUUCAGCACGGAGAAGGGCGCGGGGCUGUCGAUCCUCCGCAACGGCAUCGGCUCGUCGCCGGACAUGAGCGCCGACCACAUGGUGUCGAUCCAGCCGAAGAGCCCCGGCGGCCCGACGAGCCCGCCCAACUACGUCUGGGACGGCUCGGACAACAAGCAGCUCUGGGUCUCGCAGGAGGCGGUCAAGCGCGGGGUUAAGACCAUCUACGCGAACGCCUGGAGCGCGCCGGGAUACAUGAAGACGAAUGGUAACGAUGCGAACGGCGGCACGCUGUGCGGGGUCGGCGGCGCGAGCUGCUCGAGCGGCGACUGGAGGCAGGCGUAUGCGGAUUACCUCGUGCAGUACAUUAGGUUUUACCAGGAAGCCAACGUGACGAUCACGCAUUUGGGGUUCGUUAAUGAGCCGGAUCUCACGACAAGCUACGCCUCGAUGCGCAUGUCGGGCUCGCAAGCCGCAGACUUCAUCAAGGUGCUCGGCCCCACUCUCGAGAGGGAAAACCUGACCUCAGUCGGGAUCAACUGCUGCGACCCGGAAGGGUGGAGCAGCCAGGCGGGGAUGCUGGGGCAGCUGGGGCCGGUGGACAGCUACCUCUCGACGGUGACGGCGCACUCGUACACAUCCUCGCCGGGGUCGCCGCUCAACACGCGGCACCGCGUGUGGCAGACCGAGGCGGCGGACCUCAACGGCGCGUGGCAGGGGGCGUGGUACGCGAACGGCGGCGCGGGCGACGGCCAGACCUGGGCGAACAACAUCUACACGGCGCUCGUCAGCGCCAACGCGUCCGGCUACCUCUACUGGAUCGGCGCGCAGACCGGCGCGACGAACUCGAAGCUCGUCCGCAUCGACGGCAACACCGUCACCCCCUCGAAGCGGCUGUGGGCGUUCGGCCAGUGGAGCCGCUUCGUGCGGCCCGGCGCCGUGCGCGUGGGCGUCCAGGGCGCGCCGUCGGGGGUGCGCGUGUCGGCGUUCCAGAACGUGGAUGGCGCUGUCGCGGUACAGUUCAUUAAUACCGGCGCUGCGGCGGCGAGUGUCCAGGUCAAGGUUGGUGGUGGGGAGAGCUUUGCGGCGGGCGCGGCGACGGCGCAUGUUACGGACAAUAGCCGUGAUUUGGAGGACUUGACGGUGCAGCUGGAGGGGGGCGCGGCGGCGGCGAGUGUGCCGGCGCGGUCGAUGGUUACGGUUGUGUUGAGGCAGGAGACGCCGCCGGCGUAGAGAGGGGGAGAGUCGGAAGCUGAAUGGAUUGAUUACAUGUAGCUGGCCAUGGCGGCAAGUAUCUUUGUACUACUGCUCGUUAUAGCAAUUUUACUUGUGAAGCUAUAACUGAAUCAAGGGGUUCAUUACUAUAGCCUACCUACCUACCUCCUAACCUACAUACCUCCUAUCUACUAAGUAUC